CGAGGGGUGGACCCCUUUCAUAUCUGGUACAUUCCCAACCAAACAAUAAUAAGUAUCAUCUCUCACUUGUACAUCUCACGACAACAGUCCAACGAACGACUCACAACAUGCUCGUAAAGACACCUACGGGUACAUGGCUACCCGCCUGGGUGCCCCAGAACACCAUGGUCCUCAUGGUCCUCCUGCUGCUUUGUUCAAUGGUCCAGUCCGCCACUGGAGGAUAUGACGGAUCGUGUCUCAACGGUCUCAAUAUCUUGCCUGCCUACGCAAACUACUUUGUCUUGGAUGCUGCUACAGAGGGUCUCAACACCGCUGCCAUUUUCCUCGGCGCUAUUCCUGCCAACUUGGUUGGAGGCAUGAUCACAGAUUACUUUGGACGACGACUGACCAUUUUCUGGUUUUCUCUCGGAACGCUCGUCGGAGUCAUCCUUCAAGGAGCAGCUCAAAAUGUCGCCAUGUUCGUGGUAGCCCGUGUUGUUCUCGGGUUCUGCUCCGGUGUCGAUGGCAUCGCUGCAGCCGUCUAUUUGAAUGAGACGUUUGCCAGUCGAUGGAGAACUUGGGGUGCCGGAACCCUCAACAACUUUUACUACAUCGGAGCCCUUAUCGCUGCUGGCAUCACGCUUGGAACUUCCAAAUGGCCCAACUCGACGUGGUCUUGGCGACUCCCCUCAUUGCUGCAGGGUAUCUUCUCCAUCAUCUGCAUCCUGAUCCUACCUUUUGUUCCCGAAUCACCUCGAUGGCUGGUCGGCCAAGAGCGACUCGAAGAAGCCCGAAUCGUCGUCGCCCAGACCAACUCCAACGGCGACAUGGACGACCCAGUCUCAAUUGCUGUGUACAAAGAGAUUGUUGACACUCUUCACUGGGAGAAGACUGCCGGUCGAAGCAUGUCUCCUCUCGACAUGUUUAGGGACAAGGCAAGUCGAAGGCGAUUGCUCAUUGGAGCUUCGCCUGGUGUCUUGACGAGCUCUACCGGUAACAUCAUCGCAUCGUACUACCUGGGAGACGAGCUAAACACAGCGGGUAUCACCAGUGUGCUGGCUCAGUUGAAAGCGAAUGUCGUCCUCAAUGUCUGGUGUUUUGCGUGCGCCGUCGCUGGAACCCAGUUCAUCGCUCGAUGGGGUCGAAAACCAUCCGCUAUUGUCUGUCAGACCCUGCUCAUCGUCACACUGUACAUCAUCGGAGGAUUGAGUAAAGUCUACGCAGACCAGACCGCUGUAAAUCCGAAUGGAGCAACUCAUGCCGUCGUGUACGGGAACGUCGCUUGCAUCUUCCUCUUCCAGGGAUUCUACUCGCUCGUUUACACGCCUAUCCUCAAUCUAUACCCUGUCGAGGUCAUGAACUACUCGAUGCGAGCCAAUGGAUUCGCUUUCAUGCAGUUCUUACUCAAUUGCUGUGCCCUGGUGCUGGUAUAUGUCAUGCCCAUCGGAAUGUGAGUGUAUGCCAAUCUUGUUGUGUGUCCGGGGGCUGACCAAAACUCAAGUACAAACAUCGGAUGGAAGAUGUACAUUGUCAACGCGUCUUGGGACUGGCUCUUCCUCAUCUUCAUCGUGAGUUAAUUUUUCUCCUUUCCUUAGCUACGCAUGCGCUAAUGAUGGUUCAGGUGGUCUUCUGGGUUGAAACCAAAGGUCUCACUCUCGAAGAGAUAGACGCACUGUUCGGGGAGAGUCAUUCGUCAGUGACCAAUAUCGAAGCCGUUCGAAAAGGAGAUGAAAAGGUCGAUGGAUUGACUCAAUCGGAGCUCGUCCCUGUGCCAGGUCAUUUCCAGGACUUGGAGAGCAAGGAGAAGGGACAAUAGGGAGCUCAGUCCAUAGGCAGUAUGCUGGCUCUGUCGUAGUUGGAUUCUUCAGCGUGAUAUGUAUCUAUCUUUUGAUUGA